AUGGAGUGUAAGGGAAGCCAAAGAACCCUGCCCUGCCCCAGGCAGAUACAGUGCUUCAUUGGGGGCGUCCUGGCUCAGAAGGGCAGCUUCCAUUGGCAGGGCUGCGUGGUGGCCUGCCACAAUCUCACUGUGGGGGCCACACUCAUCAGUGACCAGUGGCUGCUUGCCACAGGCAGGAACAUCUACCUGAACAUCCACGGUGAGAAAACCACACUGGAGGUUACCCGUACACUGCAGCUGUUCCCGGGCAGCCAGGAGCAGCCUGCCUUGAGCAUCGAGCACAUUGUUGUGGCACCCUGGCUACCCGCAGGCUGUGGCCCUGGCCCUGCUGAAGUUGAUGCAGCAGGUGCUGCUUGGAGAGGUGAUGCCCAUCUGCCUGUCCCAGAAGGACUGUGUGCACCCAGGGCAGGUCCUGCAGAGCUUCGGCGGGCACUGGCUGGAGGGUCCGGGGCUGCAGGGGCUCCGAAGGAUUCUCGCCCCUGCACGGUCUGGGGUGUGCGCGGCGCUGCCCCCCAUGGGGCUCUGUCCACGCGCCUGCGGAAGUUGCGUACACCGGAAGUCCGGCGGAAGUCCGCCCCGACGGUGAGCGUGGCUUGUCUAGCGACGUUGGGAACUCUAUGGUGGCCGCUCUCUCAUAGGCUCUUGCCAUCGUGUCUAUGGUGCACUUGGCUAGAAGGGCUCUUCCCGCCGAGCACUGUGGGGCGGCUAUGGCGGCGCUCCGGGAGCCGGGUUACGGUCGUUGAGGGAACUGGGGGCACCGCGCGGCGCUGCGGCCAC